AUGAGUGCCGUCAGGGACGGGAGCAUCAGGGACGCGAGCGUCAGGGACGGGCAGCAAGAGGUGGGCGCCUGGUUCAGCACAGCUCACUCCUUCCCUUCCUUUUCUUUCAGAAAGAAGGAGCUCUCAGCCACCAAGAAGGACCGCGUGAACCAUUGUCUGACCAUCUGUGAGAGCAUCGUGGGCCAGUCGCUCAGAAAUUCUCCCGAGUUCCAGAAGCUGCUGGGCAUCGCCAUGGAGCUGUUCCUGCUGUGCAGCGACGACGCGGAGUCGGACGUGAGGAUGGUGGCUGACGAGUGCCUCAACAAGGUCAUCAAGGCGCUGAUGGAUUCUAACCUCCCGAGGCUGCAGCUCGAGCUCUACAAGGAAAUCAAGAAGAACGGCGCUCCCCGGAGCCUGCGUGCUGCCCUGUGGAGGUUCGCCGAGCUGGCGCACCUGGUCCGGCCCCAGAAAUGCAGGCCUUACUUGGUGAACCUCCUGCCUUGCCUGACGCGAACAAGCAAGAGACCUGAGGAGUCUGUUCAGGAGACCUUGGCUGCAGCUAUACCCAAAAUUAUGGCUUCGCUCGGCAAUUUUGCAAAUGACAAUGAGAUUAAGGUUCUGCUGAAGGCUUUCAUCACGAACCUGAAGUCCAGCUCCCCGACCACGCGGCGGACGGCGGCGGCCUGCGUGGUGAGCGUCUGCCAGCACUCCCGGAGGACGCAGUACUUCUACAGCUGGCUGCUCAGCGUGCUCCUAGGGCUGCUGGUUCCCGUCGAGGGCGAGCACCCGUCCCUGCUGGUCCUGGGAGCGCUGCUCACACUGCGGUACUUGGUGCCCUUGCUGCAGCAGCAGGUCCAGGACACCAGCCUGAAAGGCAGCUUUGGGGUGACUCGGAAGGAAAUGGAAGUCUCCCCCUCGACAGAGCAGCUGGUGCAGGUUUACGAGCUGACCUUGCAUUACGCCCAGCACCCGGACCACAACCGCCAGGAGCCCGGCAGCCGCAGCCGCAGCGGGAGCAUCGUGGAGCUGAUAGCCGGAGGGGGUUCCCCAUGCAGCCCUGUCCUUUCCAGAAAACAAAAAGGGAAGGUGCUCCUGGGGGAAGCGGCGGCCUUGGAGGAGGACUCCGAGUCCCGGUCCGAGGGCAGCAGCCCGGCCUUCGCAGCCUCAGUCAAGGGCGAGAUCUGUGGGGAGCUGGCUGCCUCUUCCGGGGUCUCCACGCCGGGCUCUGUCAGCUCCGCGGCUGACUCCACGGGUCACGACAUCAUCACCGAGCAGCCCCGGUCACAGCACACGCUACAGCCGGACUCGGUGGAUCUGACCGGCUGUGACUUGGCGAGUGCAGCCACUGACGGGGACGAGGAGGAUAUCUUAAGCCACAGCUCCAGCCAGAUCAGCGCGGUCCCGUCCGACCCGGCCAUGGACCUGAACGAUGGGACCCAGGCCUCCUCCCCGCUCAGCGACAGCUCUCAGACCACCACCGAGGGGCCCGACUCAGCCGUGACCCCUUCAGACAGCUCCGAAAUCGUGUUAGACGGCGCCGACAGCCAGGACCCGGGGAUGCAGCUCCCACCGCCGGAGGAGGAGGAAGAGGAGGCGGAGGAGGAGGAGGCCGCGGGCCUUCCCGAGGACGCCGUCGCCUUUGCAGCUGCGUCCGCAGCCCUUCAGCAAGCACAUUUACUGAAAAGCAUGGGCCACAGCAGGCAGCCCUCGGACAGCAGUGUGGACAGGGGUGUGUCCAGAGAGGACGCCGCCGACCCAGGGGAUCAGGACAACAAGCCCCGCCGCAUCAGAGGGGACAUCGGGCAGCCUGACGACGACGACUCUGCGCCCCUCACCCACUGUGUCCGCCUCUUGUCUGCUUCGUUUCUGCUCACAGGGGAGAGAAACGCCUUGGUUCCCGACAGGGACGUGCGUGUCAGCGUGAAGGCGCUGGCGCUCAGCUGUGUCGGCGCCGCGGUGGCCCUCCCGGACACACACCGCAGGCUCAGAGCCUUCCUCGCGGCGCUCAGUGGGAAUGCACACAGCAGCACAAAUUUUGCUUAUUGGCUGACAACCGGAGUUCUAACCGGUUGUGUUGACUGCUACCUUGAAUGUAGAAUUUUCACACCUAAACACGCUGCCCGCAUGUUACCCUCGUCAGGCCUUGUCUGGGUGGGUCGCCCGCCCCUUGUUGUCUUUCCUGGGAAGUUGAAGUGGACUUUCACGUGGCUGGGGUUUGUCCCCGCAGAGGAGCAGUACGUCUCGGACGUCCUCAGCUACAUCGAUCACGGAGACCCGCAGGUGCGCGGAGCCACGGCCAUCCUCUGCGGGACUCUCGUCUGCUCCAUCCUCAGCAGGUCCCGCUUCCAGGUGGGGGACUGGCUGGGCUCCGUUCGAGCUCGCACAGGAAACACGUUUUCUCUGGUGGACUGCGUUCCUUUGCUGCGGAAAACGCUGAAGGAUGAGUCAUCCGUUACUUGCAAGUUGGCGUGUACAGCCGUGCGGCACUGUGUCAUGAGCCUCUGUAGCAGCAGCUACAGCGACCUGGGGCUGCAGCUGAUCACCGACGUGCUGAGCCUGAGGAGCAGCUCCUACUGGCUGGUGAGGACGGAGCUGCUGGAGACACUCGCAGAGAUGGACUUCAGGUUGGUGAGCUUUUUGGAAGCAAAAGCAGAACACCUGCACAGAGGGGCGCACCAUUACACAGGGCUUUUGAAGCUGCAAGAGCGGGUGCUCCACAGCGUGGUCCUCCACCUGCUGGGGGAUGAAGACCCCAGAGUGCGACACGUGGCCGCCGCGUCGCUAGUGAGGCUAGUCCCCAAGCUGUUCUAUAAGUGCGACCAAGGGCAGGCGGACCCCGUCGUGGCCAUGGCCAGAGACCAGAGCAGUGUGUACCUGAAGCUUCUCAUGCACGAGGCGCAGCCCGCCUCCCACUUCUCCGUCAGCACCAUAACCAGAAUAUACAGAGGCUAUAACUUACUGCCAAGCAUCACAGAUGUCACCAUGGAAAACAACCUGUCCAGAGUCACUGCGGCCGUGACCCACCAGCUGGUCACCGCCACGACGCGCGCGCUCACGUUCGGAUGCUGUGAAGCUCUGUGUCUCCUCUCAACCGCCUUCCCGGUCUGCACUUGGAGUCUAGGCUGGCACUGUGGAGUGCCCCCUCUGAGCGCCUUGGACGAGUCCAGGAAGAGCUGUACUGUCGGGAUGGUCACGGCGAUCCUGACCCUGCUCUCGUCCGCCUGGUUCCCGUUGGACCUCGCCGCCCAUCAGGAUGCCUUGAUCUUGGCCGGAAACUUGCUUGCAGCCAGUGCCCCCCGAUCUCUGAGAAGCUCAUGGGCCGCGGAGGAGGAGGCCGCCCCGGCAGCCGCCAAGCAGGAGGAGGCGUGGCCGGCGCUGGGGGACCGGAGCCUGGUGCCCAUGGUGGAGCAGCUCUUCUCCCACCUGCUGAAGGUGAUCAACAUCUGCGCCCACGUGCUGGACGAGGUGGCGCCCGGACCCGCGGGGAAGGCAGCCUUGCCGUCCCUGACAAGCGCCCCUGCUCUCAGCCCCAUUCGGCGGAAGGGCAAGGAGAAGGAGCCGAGCGAGCAGGCGUCCGUGCCACUGAGCCCCAAGAAAAGCAGCGACGCCAGCCCCGCCUCUCGACAGUCAGAUGCCACAGGGCCCGUCACAGCCAAUAAACCCUCAUCGCUGGGGAGCUUCUACCACCUUCCUUCCUACCUCAGGCUGCACGACGUCCUGAAGGCCACGCACGCCAACUACAAGGUCACCCUGGACCUUCAGAACAGCACGGAGAAGUUCGGGGGCUUUCUGCGCUCGGCCUUGGACGUGCUCUCUCAGAUCCUAGAGCUGGCCACGCUGCAGGACAUCGGGAAGGUGCAAUGUCUUUUCUUCUCGCUGAGCCGCAGCUACCACACCGCGGCCCCUGGGCCGAGUGCUGGCGCAGCUCCUGCAGACACCGUCACUCCUGUGGCCUCUUGGUCUUCGGUGCCUGCAGUGGGGCCUGGGCGGUGGUGGCUGCCAGUGGGCGCGGGGUCACUGCUCAAGACUCUCUUUGGGACAAACCUGGCCUCCCAGUUUGAUGGCUUGUCGUCCAACCCCAGCAAGUGCCAGGGCCGAGCCCAGCGCCUCGGCUCGUCCAGCCUGAGGCCCGGCCUGUACCACUACUGCUUCAUGGCUCCCUACACCCACUUCACCCAGGCCCUGGCGGACGCCAGCCUGCGCAACAUGGUGCAGGCCGAGCCGGACCACGACGCCUCCGGGUGGUUCGACGUGCUGCAGAAGGUGUCCACCCAGUUGAAGACAAACCUCUCGAGCAUCACAAAGACCCGUGCAGACAAGAACGCCAUUCACAGUCACAUCCGGCUGUUCGAGCCGCUGGUCAUAAAGGCGCUGAAGCAGUACACGACCACCACGUCCGUGCAGCUGCAGAGGCAGGUCCUGGACUUGCUGGCGCAGCUGGUCCAGCUGCGGGUCAACUACUGUCUCCUGGACUCAGACCAGGUGUUCAUCGGGUUCGUGCUGAAGCAGUUUGAGUACAUUGAAGUGGGCCAGUUCAGGGACUCAGAGGCAAUCAUUCCAAACAUCUUUUUCUUCCUGGUCCUCCUGUCUUACGAGCGCUAUCAUUCAAAGCAGAUCAUUGGGAUCCCUAAGAUCAUUCAGCUCUGCGACGGCAUCAUGGCGAGCGGGAGGAAGGCCGUGACCCACGCCAUCCCGGCUCUGCAGCCCAUCGUCCACGACCUCUUCGUUUUAAGAGGGACCAAUAAAGCUGACGCAGGGAAGGAGCUGGAAACCCAGAAGGAGGUGGUGGUGUCAAUGCUCCUCAGACUCAUCCAGUACCAUCAGGUGCUGGAGAUGCUGAUCCUGGUCCUGCAGCAGUGCCACAAGGAGAGCGAGGACCGGUGGAAGCGGCUGUCGCGGCAGGUGGCCGACAUCCUCCUCCCGAUGCUCGCCAAGCAGCAGAUGCACAUCGAUUCUCACGAAGCCCUCGGCGUGUUAAACACGUUGUUUGAGAUCCUGGCCCCGUCCUCCCUGCGGCCCGUGGACAUGCUUUUGCGGAGCAUGUUCGUCACCCCAGACACCAUGGCGUCGGUGAGCACUGUCCAGCUCUGGGUCUCGGGGAUCCUGGCCAUUUUGAGGGUCCUCAUCUCCCAGUCCACCGAAGACAUCGUCCUCUCCCGCAUCCAGGAGCUGGCCUUCUCCCCGCACCUGCUCUCCUGUCCCGUCAUCGACAGGCUAAGGGACGGGGACGGGGCCUCAGCACCCACUGGGCACAGCGCGGGCAGGCAGGUGCAAACGUUGCCGGAAGAGACGUUCUCUAGGUUCCUCCUGCAGCUGGUGGGCAUCCUCUUAGAGGACAUUGUCACGAAGCAGCUCAGAGUGGACAUGAGCGAGCAGCAGCACACUUUCUACUGCCAGGAGCUGGGCACGCUCCUCAUGUGUCUGAUCCACAUCUUCAAGUCUGGAAUGUUCCGGAGAAUCACAGCAGCCGCCUCCAGGCUCUUCACGGCCGACGGCGCGGACGGCAGCUUCUACGGCCUGGAGAGCUUGAACGCGCAGGUGCGCUCCAUGGUCCCCACACACCCGGCCCUCGUGCUGCUCUGGUGCCAGAUCUUGCUGCUCGUCAGCCACACGGACUACGGCGGGCCGAGACGACGCAGUCUGUCCAGCACGAAGUCCCUGAGUCCCCAGAUGUCUGGAGAGGAGGACACCGAGCUGGCAUCCAAACUUGGGAUGUGCAACAGAGAAAUUGUCCGGCGAGGUGCGCUCAUCCUCUUCUGUGAUUACGUGUGUCAGAACCUGCACGACUCCGAGCACCUGACCUGGCUCGUCGUGAACCACAUCCAGGACCUGAUCAGCCUGUCGCACGAGCCGCCCGUGCAGGACUUCGUCAGCGCCGUGCACCGCAACUCGGCCGCCAGCGGCCUGUUCCUCCAGGCCAUCCAGUCCCGCUGCGAGAGCCUCUCGGCCCCCACCACUCUGAGGAAAACCCUGCAGUGCCUGGAGGGCAUCCACCUGAGCCAGUCGGGCGCCGUGCUGACGCUGUACGUGGACAAGCUGCUGUGUACCCCGUUCCGCGUGCUGGCCCGCAUGGUCGACACCCUUGCGUGUCGCCGGGUAGAAAUGCUUUUGGCUGCAAAUUUCCAGAGCAGCGUGGCCCAGCUGCCCGUGGAAGAACUGAACAGGGUCCAGGAGCACCUUCAGAGCCGCGGGCUCGCUCACAGGCUGGAUGGGGAGGGGUCCCUGGCGCCGGAGACUGUGAGCCCAGACAAGGACUGGUACGUGCGCCUGGUCAAGUCCCAGUGCUGGACGAGGUCUGACUCUGCGCUGCUGGAGGGGGCGGAGCUGGUGAAUCGGCUCCCCCCGGGUGACAUGAGCGCGUUCCUGAGGCACCCGGAGUUCAACGUCAGCCUGUUAGCCCCGUGCCUGGGCGUGGGCGCGCGGGAAGUUUCCGGAGGCCAGAAGAGCGCCCUCUUUGAAGCAGCGCGCGAGGCGACUCUGGAGCGGGUGGUCGCCAUGGUCCAGCCGCUGCCCGCCACCCACCAGGCGUUCCGGCCCCCCCUGCCUGCAGAGUCCACCGCCUACUGGAGCCAGUUGAACGAUCUGUUUGGGGAUGCCGGGGUGUAUCGCUCCCUGACCACGCUGGCCCGCGCCCUGGCCCAGUACCUGCUGCUGCUCCCCAAGCUGCCCGGCCACCUGCACCUCCCCCCGGAGAAGGAGAGGGACACUGUGAAGUUUGUGGUCAUGACCCUGGAGGCACUGGCCUGGCACUUGGUCCACGAGCAGAUCCCGCUGAGCGUGGACCUGCAGGCAGGCCUGGACUGCUGCUGCCUGGCCCUGCAGCUGCCCGGCCCGCGGCGCCUGCUGGCCUCCCCCGAGAUGGUGACCCGCACCUGCUCCCUCAUCCACUGCGUCCGCCUCCUCCUGGAAGCCAUUGUGGUGCAGCCCGGGGACCAGCUGCUCAGUCUAGAGAGAAAGACAGACACCCCGAAGGCGGCCAGAGAGGACGGAGGAGACCCACGCACACAGAGCCCCGAGCAUGUGACUGCAGCCUGCAGGACGGUGGCAGAGCUGGUGGAGGCCUUGCCGUCCGUGCUGGCCUUGGGGCAUAAGAGGAACAGCCACAUGCCCGCGUUCCUCACGUCCGUGCUCAGGAACAUCGUGGUCAGCCUGGCCCGCUUGCCCCUCGUCAACAGCUACACGCGCAUCCCCCCCCUGGUCUGGAAGCUCGGGUGGUCACCCACGCCGGGAGGGGAUUUCGGCACAGCCUUCCCCGAGAUCCCCGUGGAGUUCCUCCAGGAGAAGGAAGUCUUCAAAGAGUUCAUCUACCGCAUCAACACACUGGGGUGGACCAGCCGCACUCAGUUCGAGGAAACGUGGGCCACCCUCCUGGGCGUCCUGGUGACCCAGCCCCUCGUGCUGGAGCAGGAGGAGAGCCCUCCGGAGGAAGACACGGAGAGGACCCAGAUCAACGUCCUGGCUGUGCAGGCCAUCACCUCCCUGGUGCUGAGCGCGAUGGCCGUGCCCGUGGCCGGCAACCCCGCCCUCAGCUGCUUGGAGCAGCAGCCCCGGAACAAGCCCCUGAAAGCACUCGACACCAGGUUUGGGCGGAAGCUGAGCGUGAUCCGAGGAAUUGUAGAGCAGGAAAUUCAAGCAAUGGUGUCGAAGAGGGAGAACAUCGCCACCCAUCACCUCUACCAGGCGUGGGACCCCGUCCCCUCUCUGUCUCCAGCCACCACAGGUGCCCUCAUCAGCCACGACAAGCUGCUGCUGCAGACCAACCCCGAGCGGGAGCUGGGCAGCAUGAGCUACCAGCUCGGCCAGGUGUCCAUCCACUCGGUGUGGCUGGGGAGCAGCAUCACGCCCCUGAGGGAGGAGGAGUGGGACGAGGAGGAGGAGGAGGAGGCCGACGUCCCCGCGCCCCCGUCACCACCCACGUCUCCAGUCAGCUCCAGGAAGCACCGGGCUGGGGUGGACACCCACUCAUGCUCGCAGUUCUUGCUGGAGCUGUACAGCCGCUGGGUCCUGCCGUCCAGUUCCAGCCGAAGGACCCCCGUCAUCCUGAUCAGUGAAGUGGUGCGAUCUCUCCUCGUGGUCUCAGACCUGUUCACGGAGCGCAGCCAGUUUGAGAUGAUGUACCAGACGCUGACCGAGCUGCGCAGGGCGCACCCUCCAGAGGACGAGAUCCUCCUGCAGUACCUGGUGCCAGCCACCUGCAAGGCGGCGGCCGUCCUCGGCAUGAGACGCUCCCUCAGCAGCACGAGCGGCUGCCUGGCCUUGGCCCGUGCCUCCUGCGUGCUCGGCCCUGCCCGUCCUGACAGCGGUGAGCAGGCGCCUCGGGGAGCCCUCACCCCAGUCUGCCGGCUGUUGGAGAGCACGCUCCGGAGCAGCCACCUGCCCAGCAGGAUCGGGGCCCUGCACGGCGCCCUCUACGUGCUGGAGUGCGACCUGCUGGACGACACGGCGAAGCAGCUCAUCCCCGUCAUCAGCGACUACCUCCUCUCCAACCUCCGCAGCAGCGCCCACUGCGUGAACCUGCACAGCCAGCAGCACGUGCUGGUGAUGUGUGCCACCGCCUUCUACCUGAUGGAGAACUACCCUCUGGACGUGGGGCCGGACUUCUCCGCAUCCAUCAUACAGAUGUGUGGGGUGAUGCUGUCGGGAAGCGAGGAGGCCACGCCGUCCACCGUCUACCACUGCGUCCUGCGGGGCCUGGAGCGCCUCCUGCUGUCCGAGCAGCUGUCCCGGCUGGAUGCCGAGUCCCUGGCCAAGCUCAGUGUGGACAGGGUGAACGUGCACAGCCCGCAUCGGGCCAUGGCCGCCCUGGGCCUGAUGCUCACCUGCAUGUACACAGGGAAGGAAAAAGCCAGUCCCGGCAGAGCCUCCGAGCCCGGCCCUGCCGCGCCCGACAGCGAGUCCGUGAUCGUGGCCAUGGAGCGCGUGUCUGUUCUUUUCGACAGGAUCAGGAAGGGGUUUCCCUGUGAAGCCCGCGUUGUGGCGAGGAUCCUCCCUCAGUUUUUAGAUGACUUCUUCCCUCCGCAAGACGUCAUGAACAAAGUCAUCGGGGAGUUCCUGUCCAACCAGCAGCCCUACCCGCAGUUCAUGGCCACCGUGGUGUACAAGGUUUUCCAGACGCUGCACAGCACGGGGCAGUCGUCCAUGGUCCGGGACUGGGUCAUGCUGUCCCUCUCCAACUUCACGCAGAGGACCCCGGUGGCCAUGGCCGUGUGGAGCCUGUCCUGCUUCUUUGUCAGCGCGUCCACCAGCCCGUGGGUCUCGGCCAUCCUGCCCCACGUCGUCAGCAGGAUGGGCAAGCUGGAGCACGUGGACGUCAACCUCUUCUGCCUGGUGGCCACGGACUUUUACAGACACCAGGUAGAGGAGGAGCUGGACCGCCGGGCCUUCCAGUCUGUGUUCGAGGUGGUGGCGGCGCCAGGAAACCCAUACCAGCGGCUGCUGGCUUGUUUGCGGAACGUUCACAAGGUCGCCACGUGCUGAGCACCGCGGGGCACCGGCGGCGGGUUCGGCGGGGUCUGUGCCCAGCAGGUGCCCUG